GCAAUUACUGAUAUGAAAUAUGUUUUGCUUUUUAACCCUAGACUUGGAAUGGAAAAUUAUCUAUGUGGGCUCUGCAGAAAGUGAAGAAUACGAUCAAGUUUUAGACUCGGUUUUAGUGGGCCCGGUUCCUGCAGGAAGACAUAUGUUUGUCUUUCAGGCUGAUGCACCUAAUCCGGGACUGAUUCCAGAUGCAGAUGCAGUAGGUGUAACUGUUGUGCUAAUUACUUGCACCUAUCGAGGUCAAGAAUUUAUUAGAGUUGGCUACUAUGUAAAUAAUGAAUAUACUGAGACAGAAUUAAGGGAAAAUCCACCAGUAAAGCCAGAUUUUUCUAAGCUUCAAAGGAACAUUUUGGCAUCUAAUCCCAGGGUCACGAGAUUUCAUAUCAAUUGGGAAGAUAACACAGAAAAACUGGAAGAUGCAGAGAGCAGUAAUCCAAAUCUACAGUCACUUCUUUCAACAGAUGCGCUACCCUCAGCCUCUAAGGGAUGGUCCACAUCAGAAAACUCAUUAAAUGUCAUGUUAGAAUCCCACAUGGACUGCAUGUGACCCCACCUGCCAUCCCUUUAGUACAAAUUAAGCUAUUAAAAACACAGAACUAUUUCCCUGAAAUUCCGUAAGUACAUAGUCAAGACACAAUGUGAAGAAUUUGUUUUAAAACAUCCUGUAGAAAGUUCAUAUGAAAACCAGUUUAUAAGAAAACCAGUAUUUGAACAAAUUGUGGAAUAUAAAUACAACUAUUUUUAAGUAAGUUUUUCUCUAAUGUGUUAUUUUAUUUGUUCUGAAAGAAUCUGAUUAAAGCAUAUAUAUUA